AUGGAGUCACAAGAAAACAGUCUGCUUCAUAAUGAAGAUGAUCCUCCAGAAUCAUCAGCUGAACAACCAUCCACCUCUGUGGAAACUGCACCAGCUAUUCAAACAGAGGCAUCUUUACCUGAAGUGGAUACUUCCCCUCCACCUUAUUGUAGCAUUGCCGCAGAAGCAGCCGCACCAACAGAAAUGGAAUCGCCUAAUGAAUUUUACCCAGUGCCACCUCCGUACAGCGUAGCUACCUCUCUUCCCACUUACGAUGAGGCAGAGAAAGCUAAAGCUGCAGCAAUGGCAGCCGUUGCCGCAGAAGCAGCAGCCCACAGACACGGCCAAUUUAGGGAGUCUAGGAGUCUAUUUGAUGAAAUAUUCCUGAGUCCACCAGAGGAAGAAGAGUACCCCCCAAGAGAUGACUUCAGUGACGCAGACCAGCUCCGUGUGGGGAACGAUGGCAUUUUUAUGUUGGCUUUUUUCAUGGCAUUCAUUUUCAACUGGAUUGGAUUUUGCUUAUCAUUCUGUAUAACUAACACCAUAGCAGGAAGGUACGGUGCUAUCUGUGGGUUUGGAUUGUCUUUGAUCAAAUGGAUUCUUAUUGUUCGGUUCUCAGAUUACUUUACUGGCUAUUUCAAUGGACAGUACUGGCUUUGGUGGAUAUUUCUUGUACUUGGCCUCCUUCUAUUUUUCCGAGGUUUUGUUAAUUAUCUGAAAGUCAGAAAUAUGUCUGAGACUAUGGCAGCUGCUCAUAGAACAAGAUUUUUCUUCUUGUAUUAGAGACUGCACCAACCAGACAUUCCUUUCUCUUACCAAUGUGAACUUCCAGCCAAUCUGUUACCUUCCAAGUGAAUAGGGAAAGAUGACUACUAUAUCUGAAGCAGGAUCCUUUUUGCCGCUUAGUGAAUGACAGAGUGGUUUAUGCUUAAGUGCCAGUUCUGUUCAUUCUAGUAAAUAUUUAUAUUAAGCAUUGCCUUUUGUCUUGCACAUAUAUACAUAAAUAUAUGUGCUAAUCAGCAAGAACUUUAAAAAGAAUAAAGUCCAUGCAUAUAGUCUGCUAAGCAGCUGAAUACAGUUAGACUUAACUAAAUCGUGUUUGAAUCUGGAAUAUUUUUAAGGGGUAACCGUUUUUCACAGUAUUAUGUACUAUCCAUUUGUUGGUCUAAUGGUUUGUUGGAUGCAGACAACUUGUACGAAAUGGUAAACUGUUCGGGACUCUUCUGGGAUGUACAUUACAUAAAUCCAUUUAUGCACAUGGAACAUUUUUAUCAUACAAUUUGUAGCUCUAUAAAUCCAUGUUGAAAAGCUUUCUACUGAGGGUUGAACAAGGUUGUCCCAGUACACCUUUUUUGUAGUGGUUCAAUUGUAUAAACUAGCCUCUUCAUAGAUGUUGGCAAUAGGAUGGCGUAAGGUAUAUUGGACUUUUAAAUCACUGCCAUUUUGAAAUCCGGUAGGAGCUGAUUCUUGAAGAAAGCGUUAAGCUACAGAUAUUGUACAGUUUAAUAAAUACUGGUUUGGUUCUUGUGUUAUGAGAACACAGUGGUUGCUGCUGUCCUGCGACCAUCUUACAUAAUGCAGGAAACCAGAGAACAAAUAGAAGUGAAAUCACAAGGGAGUGACUGCAUCUGAUUCAGUCUCAUUCAGUUUGAGAAAAGUUCUAUUCUUUAGUUCUUCCCACACUAUUUAUGCAUUUUUGCCUUGACAGAGAAACAUGGGCUUAAGCCCCAUUGGAAUACUAGCUGUUCAGGUUACAGAUAUUUGGGGGAAAGAGGUAUGCAGAUUACAGCUCUUCUCAUAAAUUGAGCUGCAUAUGGGUAAUUCAGCCAGAUAAUUUGAUUAAUAUAAGCCCCCACAAGAAAGCUUUAAACAUACAUCUAUAAUGCUAUAAGAAUUAAUAUGUGGGUCUGAACAAGUAUAUAUUCUAAGUGCAUGACUGAAGGAUGAAUUUGGAUCCCAUUUCUGAGGAAAAAUCUAAAUUCAUUCUCAUGUUUAUCAUCUCAUUAGGUUUAGCAUAAAGAGUUGCUAGCCUGAUUCUGCAUUUUUCUUGCUAAAUAUAUCUCUGCCUUACUGUUUCCCAUCCUCCUAGUGUCAUAAUGUACAACUGAAGAAUAGGAAUGUAUGUUCUUUAAGCAUUCCAGCCAGUCUUCUUUUGGCAAAGGAAAGAUAUAAGGGAGAUCUGCACCAUUCCCAGUUGAAAGGACAAUGUAGUUUUUCAACAUGGAAUAUCAUUUUGCAUUGUAGUUAGGCUGUGUGAAGACAUUUACAUAAUUAUUUAAAGAAUAGCCCAAGCAGCUUUAAAAAGUUGUUCUGUUUUUCAUGCCAAUGAAGUUCAGCUUAGGUUAAUUCUCAAAAGGUGCUCUUUCUUUCUUUCUUUCUUUCUUUCUUUCUUUCUUUCUUUCUUUCUUUCUUUCUUUCUUUCUUCCUUCCUUCCUUCCUUCCUUCCUUCCUUCCUUCCUUCCUUCCUUCCUUUUUUUCUGAUUGCAGAAAUGUAAGCAAUUUAGUGCUUAUGAUAUUCACAUACAAUAAUGUUUCUUUUGAAUUAACAUAUAUCUAGGGCUUCAUGGGAAGGCAGUGGGAAUAAAUGUAUUUAUACCUUCCUUAAGCAUCUCUGGGACUAGCACUCUGGUAUGGAGAGAGAUGAACUCUCAUGGUUGUAACAAGACUCAUCUCUGUUUCCUGCCAAACACUAAUCACUCUGUGUUUUUGGAGUGGGAAAUGCACCUUUAUUUCUUAAUUUGAAAUCUUGCACUCUUACAUUUUCAUAUAACAUAUAGGGGAAGUAUGUGUUGCCUCCUUUAGUUCUGUAUUAACUUUUGUACCCAUUGUAUGCAUAAGGUUGACAAUUUAUAUUCUUUAAUAUUUUAGCAUUAUUUUAAAAAUGCUAGGAUUGGAGAGCAAUGCCCAUUCCUGCUUUGAAUGAAAACAAAAUUCUGUUAAAAGUUCCUAUGUAUUUUUUUUCUGAAUUCUUCAGUAUUCUUCCUUCCUUCCCAUUCCCUCCUCUGCAUAAUUUUUUUUUAAUUUUUAUUUUAUUGGGGUUUUGGAAUAAAGGCUUCCAGUUUUUACAUUAAAAAAAACUUUUCUACACCUUUUUAUGUAAACAAAAGCUGAACACUUUCUCCUUCAGUCCUUCUUGGCAAUUUCAUGUGACAAUUUUGUUUCAGUUCGAAGCAGUUACUGGAGUAAUGCAUUGGUAAAAAAGAUUUAAUGUUCUCUUACAUACCAUGUUUUCAUAUUAAAUUACACAUACACCCUAGCUAGCAAAAGAUACAGGUCUUAUAUAAAAGGAGAAUUUAGUCAUUGCCUGUAUAUAUGGAGAUAAAUCAUUUUGUGAUAAACCUUUAGGUUUAUAUGUACAGUACAGUAGUAGAACGGGAACAGUAAACAUGGCGGGAAUGUGAACAGUGAAGCAAUUUUCUAUCACUACAGUUACGUCUUCCGAUAGGCAGUUAAGAAUGCAAAAUUAUGUUCAUAUCUACUUUGCAUCCCUGAAACUGAAAUCACAUUUUUCUGUAAAAGAAUAGCUCCAGCCACUUUUUAAAGCCUAUGAGUCAUGCAGUAGUGUUGUUGGAGUUUUGAAUCUUCAAUCUGAGAGUGAAUUUAUUUUAAAGCAAAUAUAUUUAAUUUCUCAGAAAAACAAAACAAAAAACAAUACUGUACUACUAAGGCAGUAUGUUGUCUUUGCAAGAAGCAACAUAAAUGUCCAUGCUGUUUGGUAGUACUAUAAAUAAUAAUUUGCCACAAGAUUGUGUGAUUUAUGUCAAAUUUAUGAUGAUUGGAUAUUCUUUCCAACAAUUAUUUCUCUUAUGAAGGCUAAUAAAAGACAAUGGAUUUGGUUUUAGGAUAUUUUAAGAAUAGAUUUUAACAAGUUUAUUUUAAAAAUGGAUUAAAUUUAAAACAGGCAUUUAAUAGAACAGCAACAUUACACAAAUAUGUAAACCUGAUCUUUCUCUAGUUUUCAUGACUUUCAUCCAUUUGUAGAAGUGGAUGGACCAAAAUGCCUUUAGAUGCUUUAUCAUAGCUAUAGGCAGGGCCUUAAUGCCUAACCUUGAGUUCUUCAUCCAAAAUUCUCAUCUGUAUUGGAGAUUAAAAUAGCACACGUUUUAAACAGCCCAUUCAUAAAAUUUUGCUUUGCAAAUUAAAGUUCAGUUUCAGCUCAAUUCAGACAAAUGUGAAAACCAAAUUAGAUAAUUUAAACAGUUGGGGGGGGGGAAUUAACAAGGUCAAGAUAAUACACUACAAUCUUUUGAUGACUUCUGGGUGUAUUAAAUUGUUCUAGCCAUGAUGCAAAAAGUUAUCUUUUUACUUAGAGAUUAUGCUAAUAAACGUUUAAUUCUGUCUUCACAUUUGUAUUGAUCUUACAUAAAUGGAGUUUGUGGACAUGUGUAACUAGAUAUAAAUGUACUUUUUUUUUUUUUUUUUGGUAUGUAAUUGAGAACUCUAAAAAAUAAUGUCACAAUUUCCCAGGAAUUACAUGGAAUCAUCAGUUCCUUGAUUUUUGAAGUGCAUGGUUUUCUGUCUUCAGGCUGCUUCAUUUGUUUCUCUUCUCAUUUUCUCUCUGGGCCUGGAACAUGCAGUGGUUGAAAUGUAAUAAGUACUACUAAAGGAGAACAUUUAAAAGUGGUUUAUGUGUCGGAAUGUUGAUAGAAUAAGUAGAAUCAAGGGACUUUGAUUAUUUUCAGGUAUAAAAUGUACAGCUACAAAAUACAUAGCUCCUAAUAUGAAUGACAUAUUAGGAGGUACAGCUUUGUAAGAAAGGUUUAGACUAUAACAAGCUUGAAAAAUAAGUGGAAAUAAACAACUAAGGAAAACCUGGACUGAGUGACUUUUGGUACCCUCACACUAAUAAAAGCAUGUUCAGCAA